UUCCAAAUUUUUAAAAGAGAAGAUCAUCAUCUCUUUCUCAUCAGCCUUUAGGCUCCUCCAAAUAUUCUUACACCAGAGGAUUGCCAAUCUCUCUCAUUCUUUCUAUUUAUAUAUUCUCUUUCUCUCUCUUUCUCACACACACAACUUACCAGCUACAAAUUCCAUUUUUUUUUAAAUUUAAUUAAGAGGAGUGGAAUAACCAAGAAAAGAUAAAAAAGAACAGAGAGAGGGACAUAGAUAAAAGCCUCUCCUAUAGACACAGAGAAACAGAAAGCAUGAGCACCUCUUCCUCUGUUUACAUUUCUAAAAUCCUUCUUCUUAGAUCUUAGUUUCUUUGAAUUUCCCGUUGGGUCCUCUCCAAAAUGGAAUCGUGUGUUGAGUUCUGAUUGGUGCUAAAAGCAUCAGAUGAUCCCAGAUUGGAUUUAACAAAUACCCACUUUGGUUUUUUUGAUUGGGCACCAAUCAGAUUCUAUCUUUGUUAUCAUAUAAGAAAAAGAUGGAAUCAGAUCUUGGUAAGCUCUUCAUUGGUGGGAUUUCCUGGGACACUGAUGAGGAACGUCUUAAGGAAUAUUUUAGCAAGUAUGGGGAAGUGGUGGAGGCAGUGAUCAUGAGAGAUCGAACUACAGGCCGUGCCCGUGGCUUUGGUUUUGUGGUUUUUGCGGAUCCUGCUGUUGCAGAGAGGGUCAUUAUGGACAAGCACAUGAUUGAUGGACGCACAGUUGAAGCAAAGAAGGCUGUUCCUAGGGAUGAUCAGCACAUUUUGAAUAGAAACACUAGCAACAUUCAUGGUUCUCCAGGCCCUGGACGCACCAAAAAGAUUUUUGUUGGAGGUUUGGCUUCCACAGUUACAGACAGUGACUUUAAGAAGUACUUCGAGCAGUUUGGCAAUAUUAAUGAUGUUGUUGUGAUGUAUGAUCACAACACACAGAGGCCAAGAGGCUUUGGCUUCAUUACUUAUGAUUCAGAGGAUGCAGUGGACAGAGUUCUACAUAAGACCUUUCACGAACUGAAUGGUAAAAUGGUUGAGGUAAAGAGGGCAGUCCCAAAGGAGUUAUCCCCAGGACCUAAUCGGAGCCCCCUGAUUGGAUAUAACUAUGGUUUAAGUAGGACCAACAACUUCCUUAAUGCAUAUGCUCAGGGAUAUAAUAUGAGCUCAGUUGGUGGUUUUGGAAUGAGAAUGGAUAGUAGGUUUAGUCCUCUUGCCAGUGGUCGAAGUGGGUUUCCUCCAUUUGGUAAUACAGGUUAUGGAAUGGGUAUGAAUUUAGAGCCAGGGUUGAGUCCAAACUAUGGUGGGGGCUCUAACUUUGGCAAUAGUCCGGGUUAUGGGCGGUUGUUAAGCCCCUAUUACAGCGGGAAUUCAAGCAGGUAUAGUACUCCAAUAGGUUAUGGCGUGGGGAAUGCAAGGAACGAUUCUGUUUUAAGCCCAACUACUCGGAAUGUAUGGGGAAACGGGGGCCUUAAUACUGCUGCUAAUCCUGCCAGCCCUGGUGCUUUCUUGGGUUCUGGAAAUGGAAAUUUUGGAGUUUCAUUUGGAAAUAAUGGAGCCAACUGGGGUGGUCCUCAUGUUUCAGCUCAAGGUGGAGGGAGUGCUUCUGGUUAUACCAGUGGGAGCAUGGGCUAUGGCAGUGGUGGUGAUAGCAACUAUGGGUUGGGAGGGGGAGGGUAUGGAAGAAACAGUGGCACUGUUGCAGCACCAACUUCAUCAUUUGCUGGAUCAACUGGUGAGUAUGAAGGGUCCUAUGGGGACUUGUACCGGAGUGGUUCAGUUUAUGGUGAUUCAACUUGGCGGUCUGGCACUCCUGAACUAGAUGGUUCUGGGUCAUUUGGUUAUGGGCUUGGCAAUAUAGCUUCAGAUGUUACUACUAAGAGUUCUGAGGGUUAUAUUGGAAGUUAUGGUGUUACCAGUAGGCAAUCUAAUAGAGGAAUUGCUGCCUAGGAGAUCUGUUAUUGGAUGUCACAGGAUAAUCGUUAGGUGAAGGGAAUCUGGAUAAACAGGGUAGGGCUGUGAAUUUCAUACAUCUCUCUCCUGAAUAUAUAUAGAGCUUAUAAGGAAAUUGAUCUAUAGUGCUAACGGACGUUCUUGAUAUGAAUUAUACACAAUCAGAGUGAAAGCAGUUACAAGGAUUUUGUGUAAGGUUUGAGAUUUGAAUUUCGUUUUCUUUUUUACUUCUUUUAAUUAGUCAAAAGUUUAGGUUCCUUUCUUGGCAUUUGAGUGAGGUGUAAAAUCAGAUUGCGGGAUAUAUACUCAGGAAGAUCAGUUCCAAUAGAUGUGUUGUGCAUCUCCGGUGAGGCAAGCCAGUGUUAGUACACUUAAAAAAAAAAAAAUAGGGUAUUAAUUUUUUUGAUUUGUUCUUUUUGAGUAAUGCCUGGAGAAGGUGCUGGUUGGUGUCCGAAUAUUUUUCCGUCUCUUUAUUUGGGAUUUGUCUCUUUACCAGAUUGUAUGCAAGGUUCUGUUUGAUCUAUUAGUGUGAAACAUUACAAGGGAUUCUCUUUUAUGUUCCCUGCAAAUAAGUUACUAAAUAUUAUUCAUUUUUUAUUGGACAGUGUAUCAAAACAAGUUUACUCUUACCUAGUCGAAUAUUAGAUUUCAUUUGUGAUUGCUGUUA